AAAAAACUAAAAAGCCAAAUCGAGGGGCAAACAAUUUCGAUCUGACGAUUUCUGGAUUCGCCAUCUUCCUCUGUACCUCGAUUCUUCUUCGGCUUGAGAUCGCUUCUGCAUUUUCCUCUGAUCUCGAGCUUUUUGUUCUUCCGACGCAACUUCUCGAUCUCUCUCGCAUUUUGCUCCGGUGAGAGGAGGAGGGGGGGAGAGGGAGAGAGAUGUACCAUUGGAGGAAAUUCGAUUUCUUUGAGGAGAAAUACGGAGGGAAGUUCCCCGAGGACGUGAAGGGAGAGAUACGGUGUUGCUCCGGCGGCCGUGGGAAGGUCGUCAUCGGCUCCGACGACGGCUCCGUCAACUUCCUCGAUCGUGGAAUCAAGUUCGAUUCCGGUUUCCAAGCUCACUCUUCCUCCGUUCUCUUCCUUCAGCACCUGAAGCAACGGAACUUCCUGGUAACUGUUGGAGAAGACGAGCAAAUAUCGUCUCAACAGUCAGGAAUGUGUCUCAAGGUCUUUGACCUUGACAAAGUGCAGCCGGAAGGCACGAGUUCUACAGCUCCUGAAUGUAUCGGGAUUCUAAGAAUAUUCACCAAUCAGUUUCCUGAAGCUAAGAUCACAUCAUUUUUAGUCCUGGAGGAAGCUCCGCCCAUAUUGCUCAUAGCAUUUGGCCUCGAUAAUGGUUGUGUUUAUUGUGUCAAAGGAGACAUUGCACGAGAGCGUAUCACCCGGUUUAAGCUUCAAGUGGACGGAGUUUCAGACAAGAGACAGUGCCCUAUCACUGGGUUGGGAUUCAGGAUGGAUGGCCAAGCCCUUUUGUUGUUCGCUGUAACUCCAGAUUCUGUGAACUUGUUCAAUAUGCAGGCCCAACCACCAAGAUUGCAGACUUUGGAUCAAAUUGGGAGCAGUGUGUAUAGUGUUACAAUGAGUGACCGCUUGGAAUUAAUAAUUGGUCGACCAGAGGCUGUUUAUUUCUAUGAAGUUGAUGGACGUGGCCCUUGCUGGGCUUUUGAGGGUGAGAAAAAGUUCCUCGGAUGGUUCCGUGGCUACCUCUUAUGUGUCAUUGCUGAUCCUAAAACCGGGAAGAAUGUCUUCAACGUCUAUGACCUCAAGAAUCGGCUGAUAGCAUAUAGCCAAGCCGUGGACAAAGUCUCUCACAUGCUUUGCGAGUGGGGAAACAUAAUACUAAUAACGGCUGACAAAUCGCUGUUGUGUAUUGCCGAGAAGGACAUGGAAAGCAAGUUAGACAUGCUUUUCAAGAAAAACCUGUAUACGGUGGCCAUUAAUCUUGUUCAGAGUCAACAAGCUGAUGCUGCUGCAACUGCGGAUGUGUUGAGGAAAUACGGCGAUCAUUUAUACAGCAAACAGGACUAUGACGAAGCUAUGGCUCAGUAUAUCAAUACAAUUGGUCAUCUUGAACCAUCGUAUGUGAUACAAAAGUUUCUCGAUGCGCAGAGAAUAUACAACCUUACGAAUUACCUGGAGAAGUUGCAUGAGAAGGGACUAGCAUCCAAGGACCACACAACUCUUCUGCUAAACUGUUAUACCAAACUGAAAGAUGUAGAAAAGCUUAACACGUUCGUCAGAAACGAAGAUGGAAUUGGUGAGCUGAAGUUUGAUGCGGAAACGGCAAUAAGGGUUUGUCGCGCUGCUAACUACCAUGAGCAUGCAAUGUAUGUUGCGAAGAAGGCCGGGAAGCAUGAGUGGUAUUUGAAGAUUUUGCUUGAAGACCUUGGCAGUUAUGAUGAAGCCCUGGAAUAUAUUUCAAGUCUUGAACCGGGGCAAGCUGGAGUGACUAUCAAAGAGUAUGGUAAAAUUCUUAUAGAGCACAAACCAGGGGAGACGAUUGAUAUACUAAUGCGGCUCUGCACUGAAGAUGGAGAAUCUAACAAAGGUGGAACUUCAAGCGCUGUGUUCUUGUCCAUGUUGCCAUCACCAGUGGACUUCCUCAAUAUGUUUUUUCAUCAUCCACAGUCCCUAAUGGACUUUCUAGAGAGAUAUAUUGACAAGGUGAAAGACUCACCUGCCCAAGUAGAGAUUCACAACACACUCUUGGAGUUAUACUUGUCCAAGGACUUGAAUUUUCCAUCCAUCUCACAAGCGGAAAACACUCUGGAUCGAGAUUUAAAAGCUCAAUCAGCAGCAAUCGCGAUGCCCAAACCUGAUUCUGAUAAGAAGAUGAAUGGUGUUUCGGUGGAGGAGAAGGAUUAUAGGGAAAGGUUGAAUUCUUCCUUAGAUACUACGUUCCUCGCCAUUUUACUGAGAUCCGACCUUGAGCAACCGCUCUAUGAUGUUGACCUCGCUAUAAUCCUUUGCGAGAUGAAUUCAUUCAAGGAAGGGCUUCUGUAUCUGUAUGAAAAGAUGAAACUUUACAAGGAGGUUAUUGCUUGCUACAUGCAGGCUCAUGAUCACGAGGGACUGAUCGCAUGCUGCAAAAGACUCGGUGAUUCUGGAAAGGGAGGAGAUCCGUCUCUUUGGGCAGAUCUACUGAAGUAUUUUGGCGAACUCGGAGAAGAUUGCUCCAAGGAGGUGAAAGAGGUUCUCACUUACAUCGAAAGAGAUGACAUUCUGCCUCCUAUCAUUGUUCUCCAGACGUUAGCGAAGAAUCCAUGCCUUACACUCUCUGUCAUCAAAGACUAUAUCGCCCGGAAACUUGAACAGGAAUCAAGGGUGAUUGAGGAAGAUCGGAAAGCUGUAGAGAAGUAUCAGGAAGAGACGAAAGCCAUGAGAAAAGAAAUUCAGGAUCUUAGGACGAACGCCAGAAUAUUUCAGCUUAGCAAGUGCACGGCUUGCACAUUCACUCUGGAUCUCCCGGCCGUCCAUUUUAUGUGUAUGCACUCAUUCCACCAGCGGUGCCUUGGCGACAACGAAAAGGAAUGCCCGGAAUGUGCCUCUGAGUACAGAUCCGUGAUGGAAAUGAAGAGAAGUUUGGAGCAGAACUCCAAGGACCAAGACAGGUUUUUCCAGCAGGUGAAGAGCUCAAAAGACGGAUUUUCUGUUAUCGCCGAGUACUUUGGGAAAGGCAUCAUUAGCAGAACAAGUGUUGGAACGGUCGCGGCUAAUUCUUCUCAUGACGGCCCGGCUGCUUCCUUCUGAAAUAUCGCGGGAAAUGCUUCGGUGCUCUCUCGUUUUCUAAUUUCCAAAGGUAUCCAUCCAUUUUCCUCUAUAGUUUCUUUCAGGGGAAGAGGGCUUGAAUGCAAUUUGCUGUUGAGAUUUGGAGGCGUCUGCUGUUGUGAGGUUUUUUAAAAUCUGUGUUUUCUCUUCUUCUAUCCUUUUUGAGUCGGGACUAAACACGAGAAAAUCGAAAAUUCCCCGUGUAGUGUUAUAUAAUGCUUGUGAUUAUUUUGAGUUAUUACAACAGUAAAUAUUGCAUUGGUCAAUAUGCCUUGGUUAUUUUGCUCGUAA